UAAUUAAAUUGAAGUUAAUGAAAAUUCAACAUAAAUAAAUUAUUUUGAAAAUCUCAAAGAAGGGCAAUUAAGUCAAAUGAUAAUAAUGAGGAGGGUAAAUGCGUCUCUCCAAAUAAAUUAGAUUUGAAUAUUGCUGUUUUGGUAAUAAGAUUUGAAAAUAUUUAACUCCUAAUUAGAAAAAAGAGAUGGUUUAAAUCAUGUGAUUGUCAUUAAUAACAGCAAACCGAAGAAGAAAGAAAGGAAGAAAGUGCUUCUCCAUCUUCAUCUUAUAGUUCUUGUCUGUAAAAUCUUAUAAACCUUUCUUCUUCUAAAAUAUCGAAGCCAUAUGGCUGAAAAUAGCCUUAGAAUUUUUGUAGAAAAAAACCCUUCAGAUUCGAAACUCUCAGAGCUUAACAUCAAGUGUUGGCCCAAAUGGGGCUGUUCGCCUGGGAAAUACCAGCUGAAGUUCGAUGCUGAAGAAACAUGUUAUUUGUUAAAGGGGAAAGUUAGGGUUUACCCAAAAGCCUCAUUAUCAACAUCAACGGCUGAGAUGGUAGAGUUUGGAGCAGGAGAUCUUGUGAUUAUCCCAAAAGGUCUUAGUUGCAUUUGGGAUGUUUCCAUUGCUGUUGAUAAACACUAUCAAUUUCAGUCUUCUUCUUCAUCCUCUUGUGAUCACUAAUUAUAUAUAUCUCAUUAUUAUUUAUUCUCUA